UUCUCUCUACAGCUGAGUGGUGCCUCCUGUGUUCUUCAUUCUGUUGGUUAGCGAUGGCCAGACUGAGAGAGGCAGACGGAGCUCAGCAGCAGCAGCAGCAACAGCAGCAGCAGCAGCAGCGGCAGCCUUCCCAGUAUCAUCAACCCAUGAACGAGGCUGAUAUUCAGCUCAACCACAGCCAGAUGAAGGACCACGACGCCAUUAAGCUGUUUAUUGGCCAGAUCCCACGGAACCUGGAGGAGAAUGACCUGAAGCCCCUCUUUGAGGAAUUUGGGAAGAUAUAUGAGUUAACUGUGCUGAAGGACCGGUUCACAGGCAUGCACAAAGGCUGUGCCUUCCUUACAUACUGUGCAAGAGAGUCUGCUAUCAAGGCACAGAAUGCAUUACAUGAGCAGAAGACACUGCCUGGGAUGAAUCGACCCAUUCAGGUGAAGCCUGCUGACAGUGAGAGUCGUGGAGAAGACAGAAAAUUAUUUGUGGGCAUGCUAAACAAACAACAGACAGAGGAUGAUGUGUACAGACUCUUUGAAUCUUUCGGUGUGAUAGAAGAAUGCACAGUUCUACGAGGACCUGAUGGCAACAGCAAAGGUUGUGCAUUUGUGAAGUUCUCCACACACGCUGAAGCCCAGGCAGCCAUUAACACACUACAUGGCAGUCAAACAAUGGCGGGGGCGUCCUCCAGCCUGGUGGUGAAGUUUGCCGACACAGACAAGGAACGCACACUGAGGCGCAUGCAGCACAUGGUGGGUCAGUUCGGGAUGUUCAACCCCAUCCCACUGCAGUUCAACAAUACUUACAGUUCCUACGCCCACGCGCUGAUGCAGCAACAAGCAGCUAUCAUGGCAGCCAGCACACACACUGGAUACCUAAACCCUACUGCUGCCUUCCCCACUGCGCAGAUGCAUCACAUGGCUGCAAUCAACCUGAACGGACUGGCAGCUGCACCACUCACACCCACAUCAGGGUUGUCCUCUCCUCCUGGGAUUGCGGCUCCUGCUGUGCCCAGUAUCGUAUCUCCGAUCGGGGUGAAUGGCUACACUGGCCUCUCCACUCAGCACAAUGGGCAUCCCACAGUCGAGGCUGUAUAUGCCAACGGUAUCCACCCAUACACAGCACAAAGUCCGUCUGCAGCCGAUGCCCUGCAGCAAGCUUUCACUGGGGUCCAGCAGUACACCGCCAUGUAUCCAACAGCGAUUGCCCAGAUCAGUCAAGCAUUUCCACAGCCGCCACCAGUCAUAACACAACAAAGGGAAGGGCCAGAGGGCUGCAACCUUUUCAUUUACCAUCUGCCCCAGGAGUUCGGGGAUAGUGAACUCAUGCAGAUGUUUCUGCCCUUUGGCUCCGUCAUUUCAUCCAAGGUCUUCAUGGACCGAGCCACCAAUCAGAGUAAAUGCUUCGGUUUUGUGAGUUUCGAUAAUCCCACUAGUGCCCAGGCUGCCAUCCAGGCUAUGAAUGGUUUUCAGAUUGGAAUGAAGAGGUUAAAAGUCCAGUUAAAACGGCCAAAAGAUACCAGUCGCCCGUACUGACUGAUCAUGAUUCAGGGGCAAGAAUUUCUGAUUUUCUAGGGCAGGACCAGUGUGGAUUAUGAAGAAGUACCUUUUUUGAGAGGGCUGAGACCCCGAUAUCAGUGCUGAGGGGGAGAUACUGAGACACAAAACUUGAAGAAAACAUUUCGAGAACCCUGAAAAUGUGAAAUUUCAUUGCAGCUAUUUAAGAAGACUUGGAUCUGACAAUAGCACACGUGACAUAAACCGAUGUAGGGACAGCUGAGUCUGAAAGGCUGCAAAGGAGGCUGCUUUGGCACAGUUCUGUGUCACCAAGCACCCAGCUAGGUCUCCUAGGCGAUGGUUGCCAUGGCUGGGGUUUUUUUGUGUGUGUGUGUGUGUGUUUUUGAAUCCAUAUGGUUGACAUGGUAACGCAGAACACAUUGAGUCUUUAUCUCUCAAUCCUCCAACAUUCAGGGAUUAAAAGGACCAAACAAAUUUUUUUUUAAUUUAUUAAGGGGGCCUGUAUAUGUAAUAUAUGAGUUCAGCUUUCUUUACUUAUCUUGAUAGUGAAAACAAGGGGAAAAAUAAGAGCUAAAACUGUUUAAAAUUUUAAAAAAAGCAGCGCUUCAGUGGUCUUAGAAUAGCAUUAUACACUGGGAAAUCUAUACAAGGAGCAAGAUACAUUAGAAACUCUACAGGAGUUAGUUCUUCAGAAGAAAACAAAGGCUAAAACGUACUCUGUGCCUCAUCUUCUGCUUAAGGGCACAAUGGUACUGCAUGCAAAACAUGACUGAAAAUUAUAAUUAUACAUAAUGGUGUAUACAUAUUCUGCUCCUUAUAUUUCUGAGAAGAUUACUUAAGAGAGAAGAGAGAGCGUGGGGAGAGAAAGGAGUGCUUUCUUGGUGAAGUUUGGCUCUCUUGAACCAUUUGAGGAUCUAUAGUUGCCACAUUGAUUCAGUCAAGUUUGGUGGGUUCAUUCAAGAGGUUAACUUGGAAUGGUCCUUCCGAGAUCUGUGCUUUAAAGAAGGUAAGCGUGAAAAGAAAUAAAAUCCCUCAUGGUGUAGCUUUUUUUUUGAAAAGAAAGGACAUUGUAAAUAAUCCCUGGAGUAACAGCACAUCCUUUCUGAUAAAUGGUGAGGACCUUUAUUACUACUGAGUGUUAGGGAAUGCAGAUGUUCAAUGGUGUUACCAAAAUGUUGGGGUG